AUGCUCGAAAGAGUAAAGAGCCUCUUCUCCAAGAACGUAAACUCAUUGAAGAAACAAGUGUCUAAUUUCUACGGAAAUGAAGACAAACAAAAGUAUUUGGUCUUGACGAUCGUCUGCAUGUCUCUAUUUCUGGAUAACAUGCUUUACAUGGUCGUGAUUCCUAUCGUUCCAAACUACAUCCAAAAGUUCGACAACGCGACUGUCAAUUCUACGAGUAGUGAAAUAGUCUCCGGGACGAGUCUCAAGAUCGGCGUUCUGUUUGCCUCCAAGGCCAUUGUGCAGUUACUUGUCAAUCCUUUGUCGGGGACAUUGCUGGACCGAAUUGGCUACAACCUGCCUCUCAUGUUCGGUCUGGUCGUCAUUUUUAUUUCCACCACAAUUUUUGCGUUUGGAGAAUCGUAUGGAAUUCUAUUUCUGGCUCGGUCUCUCCAAGGAGUGGGAUCCGCCUUUGCCGACACUGCUUCGCUGGCAAUGAUUGCAGAAAACUAUCAAAAUCAAGUCGAACGGUCGAGAGCAAUGGGGUUGGCCAUUGCAUGCAUAUCCUUCGGGUCCCUCGUUGCCCCACCUUUCGGAGGAUUCAUGUAUGGACUCGCCGGGAAGGAACUCCCCUUCCUCACGCUCUCUCUAAUCGCCCUUGUCGACGCUCUCCUGCUCUACCCCUUCGUCAGAACGUCCCUGGUGUCGAGACGGCGCAGAAUCGAGUCUUUCCAGUACACCCCCAUUUACCGUCUCUUCCUCGACAAAAACAUCGCCAUCUGCGCUUUCUGUCUUGUAUUGGCCAACGUAUCUCUGGCGUUUCUCGAACCAACGAUAUCCACUUGGAUGGACAAAAUAAUGAGCACCUCCGAAUAUGAGAUCGGGUUGGUGUGGCUCCCCACGUUUUUCCCUCACGUGUUCGGGGUGUAUGUUGCCUACAAAUUGAACGAGCAAUAUCCCGACAAGAAUUGGCUGAUUGCGAUGGUUGGCCUCAUCAUAGAGGGGGUUUCGUGUCUCAUAGUUCCAUUCUCGACUGUUUACGCGUCCCUGAUGUUCCCUCUGAUGUCCCUGUGCUUUGGUAUUGCUCUGGUCGACACUGCUAUUUUGCCACUUCUGGGCCAAAUCGUCGAUUUGAAAUAUUCUGGCUUGUACGGCUGUGUUUAUGCCAUUGCCGACAUUUCGUAUUCAAUUGCAUACGCUCUUGGCCCAGUCGUGGCAGGCCUGGUAAUGGGCUCGAUUGGGUUUAUGUGGCUCAAUGUCCUAAUUUUUCUAUCCAACGUUAUUUACGCUCCAGUCCUUUAUUUUCUGUCCCCGACACAUAACUAUAACACCCUAGAAAACGACAAGCUCGAAAUCGCCAGAGCUGAUUUUGAACAGGCCGAGGACUUUUAA